AUGUUGGGCUUUGUGGAAACGAACACUUUGGGGAAAUAUCUUGGAGUCCCCCUCACAGGGAAAACUCCUAGGAAGAAAGAUUUUCAGUACUUGAUUGAUCAAGUGAAAUAUAAACUGGCAGCUUGGAAAGGUAAUCAGCUUGCUUUCGCGGGCAGAAUUAUGUUGGUAAAAAGUGUUAUUGAAGCUCUUCAUAUUUAUCCAAUGAUGAUAGCAGCCAUCCCUAAAUCUUGUAUUAAUGAGAUCAAUAAGAUUCAGAGGCAUUUUAUAUGA